AUAGAAUACCUAUAUUUUGCAAGUUUUAUUACUCGUAGAUAAUGUUUUUGUGUUAUCAAAAUAGAAUGAUCUUUUUUUGCCCUCUCUCUUUUUUGUGCCUUUGGUAAGACGAUAUAUCUUUACAGUAAACGAAAUAACAAAACACGCGGAUUUGCAUUAGCAUUCCGUUUAAUAACGUGCUCCGAAGGUCUAUUAUUUUUUUAAUUAUACUAUUUUCUUUUGUGAACCUUUACUUUUGUCCUGGUAAGUUUUCGGUCAAUAACUAAAUUAACAACGGCUAGCGGUACGCGAAAACAAGUUUUUGAAAAUGAUUCACACCUCCUGCCGCAUGACAUAAUUACUAAUUCAAAGAAAAAGCAACAGCAACAUAUCACAGCAGUACAACAAGAGACAAGUAUGGCUGAUGCUUUAUCAACUUUAAAUUUGCAAAAUCAAUAUAAAGAGAUAUGCAGUUUUCCAGGCGAUGGAUCGAAAACCAUCGACGAAUUUUUAGAAGCAGUCCAGCACACAUGCGAUGUUGUAAAAGGGGAUGAUUCAGCACGAUAUCAAACAAUUUAUUCAAAUCUUGAUCUUGAAGCAAAGCAGUGGUAUCAGGAAAAUAAAAGUGGUUUGACAACGUUAACAGAACUGAGAAAAGGUUUGCGGGAACGGUACAAAAAUACAAGAUCACCGGUCGAUAUUUUGCAAAGAAUUGAACAACGGAAACAACAACCGAACGAAUCUGUUCAAAAUUUUUACGAUGACUUGACACGUCUUUGUAAAUCAUUUCCAAACGGGUUACCUGAGUCGUAUGUUUUGGCAAAACUGACGCAAGGCAUAAAACUUGAGUUACGAGAACAAGUUUUACGACAGUUCAAUGCAGCAGACACACAGACUUUAGCAGAGUUUUUAAAAAUUUCACUAUCGGAGGAAUCUUUGAAAAAAUUGUUGCCACCGGCAGAAACUAAUCAACAACAAUAUUUCUCAUAUGAUAAUAGUUUAAUAGCAGCUUCUUUUACGAUACCACCACGCUCUAAUUCGUAUAAAAACAAUGCAAGUACACAGAGGCAGCACCAGCCACAGGACACGCAACAACGGCGUUAUUUAAACAAUAGUUCAGAUUUUCGAUCUGAACAGGAGAUACUCGGCUCACAACGAAUUUAUUCGAAUAGUAAUCGUUUCAAUCAACAGCAAUCGCGGCAGACACAACCUGAAAAAAUGGAUUCAAGGCAAGCAGCAGCACCGUUACGACCGUGUUUAAUCUGUGGACGGCCGAAUCAUCGGACAAUUAAUUGUUGGCAUAAAAAAAAAUUAAACCAUUUUUAA